AUGGUGGAAGGGUCAAGCGAUCUGCGCCGUAUUCUGGAGGAGUUUGUGGCCAGACUCAAGACCUCGCCACUGUGGCUGGACGUGACUAGCAGCAUAGUAAAUGGACUCUCGGGAAGUCAGCGGCCUGCUGCGGAGAUGCUCGACAUGCUAGAGCAGAUCGUAGCCUUGCGCCCUUCGCAGUGGCUUGGCUUCGUGAGCGCGCGACCCAGCUGGAGCGAGGCGGACUUGAGCUACCUCCUGCACGCCGCUAUCUAUGGUACAGACUCGCACACCCUGGCCGCUCUUCUGUCGUCCGUGGAUGAUAUGAAGAGAGUAAUCCGAAAGAGAAGCGAAACGGGGACUGGCGGGGUAACCAAGAGAAACACGGACGACAUGGAAGAGCUGUUCCAGGCGAUUCAGGCCAUGGGCGCAGUUGCAUUCUCGGAGAAAAUUCUUCAAAAUGUUAAUCACACCUAUUUGUUGUCUGAGAUUGACAAACUAAGAAUCGAGGCGCUCUUGACAUCCAGCUGGCUGACUGCAGUGACCACGUACAUGACAGAUGCCGUGUCAAGCUUAUCAGAUCUGAGUCAGCUUGGAGCAGUUAUGGACAUCAGCAAGAUUAUUUCUGGCGAAGUAGACCCCGUCAGCUUCUUAACAGGAUCGGUGCAGCUGCUGCAGAUGCAGAUGUGGGAAAAUCUGGGAAACAGCUUCCUAGGCAUCCUGAGUCAGGGCGCGGAUAUCAUAUCGGGGUCGAAGCUGGAGGACGACCUCAUGCAAGUGGUCAAGGGCAUUGCGGGCCUGCAAGCUGCUAGCAACCUCGGCACUAUGGACUUCACUAUCCCCACCACGGCCAUGAUCACCAACUGGACGUCCAUGGCGGAGUACCUGACGGAGGAACUGGAUAUAGAGGAACUUGUGGUUGAGGCCCUGAGUCGCUCGGAACUCAAUCUGAUGGCGGUCCUUUCCCUGGAGGACUUGACCCUAGAAGAGGUCAUCUGCGAGGCCAAGCAGGUCGUCCGCGUGGUGACCUUGGCCGAGGACAGCCCCGUGACCCCGGCCAACCUGAGUGCCUCCCUCUGCCACUCCAGCGACGCCGAGGCCCUGGCAGCGACGUUCCUCCAACACCUCAACCUCGGGCCUCUCGUCCAGACGCUGACGAAGUUCGGCAUCAACGCCACCCUCGCCUCCCGGGGAACGACCCUGGACCAGCUCGUGAAGGACAUGGCGACGCUGAGCACGGUGUCCAAAGGGCUCCCCAACAUGGCCUCCACCUUCAGCGCCCUCCGCGGCAUCAUGGACACCCUCAGGCAGGACGCGGCGGAGUUGAAUCAGCAGGAGAAGCAGGCGGGUCUCCUCGGCAACAGCACGACGGGAUCGGUGCUGGGUGAACUUUCGUGUAAGACGAUGGUCCGUUGUUCAGCUUAA